AUGGCGCCACAAUGUCCCCCCGAUCUACGGGUUCUCUCCCGCAAGCUCACUUCUACGCCGCCCAACCUGCUGCCUCAGCAGCUGCCUGCGCUCACUCACAAUGUUUUGCGCUGCAAGGACGUGCUGUCGGCGCAGCAUGAUGCAAAGGCCAAGGAAGACGCCUCGACAUCUGCUCUGGUCCACAAGAUCAAGAGAAGCAUCACCACUUUGCUAGAGGGACGGAGUCGGGAAGGUCGCUUCGCUGCCGUUGUUCUCAUCAAAGCCAUGGUCGACGUUGGCGGCUGGGAAAUUCUCCGUACCGCCGGGCCUUGGGUCAAUGGUCUUCUCUCCAUUGUUCAGAAAGGAGACCCCAUUGCUUCCAAAGAGCUUGCCAUUGUCGUCAUCACUCGCAUCUACAUCCUCAUCCAGCCUUACCAGACCCUGAUCCGAGAAAUUGCUACUCCCACUAUUCCGGCCUUUGGAACUGCCUGCGUACAAUUGCUCAAGGCACAAUCCUCAACUCCGCCGCAUGUGUCCGAGACCAUCUGUGCAGCACUGCACUCGCUGGUCCCUCACCAUCCCGCUACCCUCCGCCCUCUUAGCUCACAACUGCGCACAGCUCUCAGGCCGUAUCUUGCACCGACUUGCUCAGAUACUCUCCAUGUACCCGCUAGCCUGACCCGCGCCGCCAGGAGACUGGUCAUCUCCAUGCACUUCGUUGCCGCCAAAUCGAGCGGUAGCGAUGAAUGGGCCAAACUAGUCGACACUAUCCUGCGUGAUCUGCAUCAAACGGCCGACCAGGUCUUGCGCGCCGUUGACGAAUCAUGGCAGGCUACUAGCGGUUAUGAUAGAACACGAGUAUCGACCGAGGGCGAGCCCAGAGGAGGAGACGAAUCCAGCCCCGAACAGCUUCCCUCUUGGACUGGAGUCACGGCUGGAUCGGAGCGUCUAGCUGGCCUUUUCUCGUACUUGGAGGAGACGCUGCGUUGCUCCACCAAAUCAGCCGUCACUGUCCCCGUUGGUGCGUACCUGGAUGCUCUCUGCCGCAUCUGCGUUAUUGCCCGACUAUCGCCAAAAACUCAAACCUGGGAUCAGGCACUGGAUACGAAUGCUGGAGUCGGUCGAGACGAAAAGGAUGAACUAUGGAGUGUCAUCCCCAACCUCCAUAUUGCCGCCAUGUCUCUCCUGUUGACCAUGGUUCAGCGACUCGACCGCGACAUGAUCCCUCUUGUACCCGAGGCACUCGACCACCUCGUCCGCGUUGUCAAGUCUGGCAUGAGUGUCGCGCACGUCCGAACCAUUGGCUACCAAGUCCUAGACCAACUCCUCCACAUCGCGGGACCUACCCUACCCAAGACUGCCGUCGACAUGCUCGAUCCAGUUCUGGGCGCAUGCUGCCGCGACCUCCAGCAAGACGCUGGUGUCUUGAAGCCUGUGGAGAAGCCCGCACCUUCCAGCAAAGAAUCCAAGAAGAAUGGAGGCAGCGUUGCUAUUGCUAAUGUGGACCUCUUCCUGGCCAAGCCAGAGUCCGCCGUCCCCGAUGUCAGCCUCAAGCUUGAGCCUGCUCACAAGGACGCUGCCUCGAGGCUCCUGGCGACUCUGCUAUCUUCGCUGACGCAGGGCCAUCUCAAGCCGACAAUGCGCGGUCUCAUUGAUAAAACGGCCAUCAUCACAGCCAACCGCGAUGCUAUGCUCUCGAGCGUGCUGAACCCCUACAAGGAUCAGCGCGGUCGUCUAUACCCCAGUAUCCUGCCCUACUUCUGCCGACAGUACCCUGAAGACCAGGGUCUCGAGAUUUUGCGCAGCAACCUCCGCACGAGCAGCGUCAAUGGCUCGGGUGACAUGUUUGCCAGCUUCCAAGAGGUGGUGGACGAUCAGGAAGAGGAAGAAGCCGAGGCCGACGAAGACGAAGAAAUGGCAGACGGUGACGCUCUUGCGAUCGACGUAGAGCCCACGAAGGGAGAGGACUUGUCGCAAUUAGGUUCUCUAGCAUCGCUGCCCAGGAAGAGCGGCACCGAUGAGCCGCAGGAAAACCCCUUUGCAGCUCGGAGCGGCGCAGCCGACAAUGGAUUCUCUGCCGCUGCUUCCCCUAAGCGCAAGCACGACGGCUUGGACGAGGCAGCCCCGGCGAAGCGUCUCGAAGUUGAGAAGCCCGCGGAGCUGCCCAAGGCCAAGCCUGCCGCCCCGGCGGUGAAGCUAGAGGAGGAAGUAGAAGAGGACGACGGCGAUGAUAGUGAUGUAAGCGUACAUCUGAAUAUGGAGCUCGAUGACGAUGACGAUGAAGAUGACGAAGAAGACGAAUAA